AACUUAUUCUUAGCGAAGCAACCAACAUAUACACCACAAGAUGUGUGCAUUGUGUCCAAACAGUGAAUGGUCCUUACACGCAACAGGGAGCCAAAAAUCUGAAGAAAUUAUGGAAGAAUCGCCCUCUUCAGGUGAGCCUCAGAUUUCUCCAAGUACUAUUACUACAAAUAAUAGUGGUGAAGGCCGCAAAAUGGUUAGGAAGCUUAAUCACAACCCCGGUAAGCGCCGCCACCGUCGGCGGCUCAAUUCUCUGUGCUCUUCCCUCCGUUCCUUGCUUCCGCCUGCAGAUCAUGAGACGAAAAAAUUAAGCAUAACGGCUACAGUUUCGCGUGUGGUAAAGUACAUUCCAGAGCUACAAGAGGAAGUAGAGAGACUUCUUCAAAAGAAAGAACAACUUCUAUCAAGGAUUUCUAGGCAAGCCAAGCAGAUUCAUCAAGAACCCAGCAAAAGAAAUGGCUCGGUUGCUGUCACUGCAAACCAGCCUACUAAGAAUGAACUGAUUAUCCAAAUCUGCACCUGCGAGGAGGUCAAGACUCCAUUAUCCUGUAUCUUGCUUAACUUAGAGGAAGAUGGCCGACUCCAACUUCAAAAUGCUCAUUCUUUUGAGUCCUCAGAAGGAAGGAUCUUCCAUAAUUUGCAUUUCCAGGUCGACAGUAGCUACAUUCUAGAACCGGAAGCUUUGAGGGAGCAGCUUUUGUCUUUAUACAAAAAUAAAGAAGAAAUAUUGGUUCCUUCAAGUUAAUAUAUUUAGUUUAAUAAUAUUAUCAUAAUACUGUUUUGCAAUCAAUGCAAAAUAAUUAAUCAUUGAUGGAGAGGUAAAUCCUAAUUAUCAGGGAGUCUACUCUUCCAUUAAUAAUUAAAUGAAGUAUAGUCCACACAGAACACAGUGCACUUUACUUUUCUGUAAUAUUAUCGUGUUUUGAUGAGUACUUAAAGAAGGUUCAAAAUUGAAGCCUUUACACUGCAUGUCCUGCACAGAUAUGAAAUAUAAAUAAUAGGUUCAUUC